UAAUCGCGGAUUGCGAUGGGCGGACGCGGUUUCGAGCAGUGCCCGUGAGGAAUUCCGCGUCGAGUCUGGUGCGGAACGACGGCCACACUUCACCUCUUGAGUACCGAAAGGGAAGCAACGACCGACAAGAGGCUGCAUAUCGUCUGUGUCGAUCAGACUCAUUCACCUGUGCCAUCACAUCCAUCCACUCAACAGGACAACUCCAAUCAUGCCUCCUCUGAAGAGCUGGUUGUCUAUCGACCCGCAAUCCCACUUCUCCAUCCACAACAUCCCCUUCGGCAUCAUCUCCACCGCACAACACUCCAGCCCACACCCGGCAAUCGCAAUAGGCGACCACGCCUUGGAUCUCCAAGUCUUCACCGAGCAGAAUGGAUUCGCAGCCUUGUCCAUCAUCCAACCACACCAACACGUCUUUGGCGAGAAGACGUUGAACGCCUUUGCGGCCCUGGGCCGUCCCAUCCACCGCGUAGUACGGGAAUACCUCCAAAGCGUCCUCCUCGAAAAUGGGCCCUUCCCCGAUGUCCUCCAAAACAACACUCAACUCCAACAACAUGCCUUGAUCCCCCUUCACUCCUGCAAAAUGCACCUCCCCAUGCAAAUCACCGACUACACCGACUUCUACGCCGGCCUGAACCACGCCUACAACGUCGGCGUCCUCUUCCGCGGCCCGCAGAACGCCCUGCAACCCAACUACAAGCACCUCCCCGUCGGCUACCACGGUCGAGCCAGCAGUGUAGUUGUCUCCGGGACGCCCAUUAUCCGUCCGAAUGGCCAGAUCCUCCUCAACCCAAGCGCAGAGAAGAAAGAGCCCAUCCUCAGCGCUUGCAAACGCCUCGACAUCGAACUCGAACUCGGCUGCUUCGUGUGCAAACCUUCGUCUCUUGGCCAGCCCAUCUCUGUUAAAGAUGCACCCGAGCAUCUCUUCGGCUUGGUACUACUGAACGAUUGGUCUGCCCGCGAUAUCCAGGCGUGGGAGUACGUGCCGCUCGGCCCAUUCAACUCGAAGAACUUCGGAACGUCGAUAUCAGCAUGGGUAGUGCUGAUGGAUGCGCUCGAGCCGUUCGCCACGACGGGCAUGGCGAACGAUACGCAGGUCCUGCCUUAUCUCGACGAAAAGGGGAGGAAGAGUCAUUUCGCGAUUGAUUUGGAAGUCACGCUCACGACUAGUCAAGGCAACACGAGCAACAUCGGCAAAACGACGGGGAAGAAUCUCCUCUUCUCGUUCCCGCAAAUGUUGGCGCAUCACUCUGUCGGCGGGUGUCCGUUUAAUGUCGGGGAUAUGAUGGGCUCGGGCACCAUUUCGGGGGAGUCGAAGAGGGAGAAGGGGUGUUUGCUGGAGCAGACGGAUGGGGGCAAGACGGAGGUGGCGUUGCAGGGUGGUGAGACGAGAAAGUUCCUUGAGGAUGGAGAUACGGUGAGGAUUACGGGGGUUUGUGGUGGAGAGGCGGGGGCGUUGGUUGGGUUUGGAGAGUGUGUUGGGAGGAUUGAACCGGCGCCUGUGUUGAAGUUUUAGAGCAGAGAUGUAUGCGAUGUCGUCAAGUACGAUUCAUUUACGUCCUGCCAUAUAAGACGUAAAACAUACAAGCAUUAUACAUCAACCUCCAUCGAAACCACCUACCCGUUUAGGCGAAAAAAAAAAAAAAAUAAA